AUGAGCAGUAAAAAAUGUACAGCAGCAGCAGCCGCUGCAUCACAAGCGACUAAUUCAUUCUUAGUUGGUGAUCCACUUUCUUUAUAUCGAGCGAUUUUACAACAGUUUCAAGCUGCGCAAAAUUUUACCUAUUCACCUUUCAAUCCAUAUGCAGCACUUAUUCAGCAGCAAUUAUUACAGGUUUUCUUAUUUUCAUUUUUAUAUUUAGCAACGAAUCUUUCAUCGAUUUCUUCCUCAUCACCACCAUCAGCACCAAUUCCUACAUCAUUACCAUCUUCAUCAACAUCGACAUCAUCAUUCAUCACAUCACCUUGGUAUCCAUUUUUGGAGAAUAAUUUGGAGUGUUCAUCUUUAACGAUGACGCCUGAUAAAAAGUCUAAUUACAAGGCAGAGAUUAAAGAUGAAAUUAGUCAUGAAGGAGAAAAUAAAAUUGAUAAUGAUGAUUUAAUUGGGCAAAAUGAUAAGGAAUUUAAAAUUAAUCAUCAUCAAUAUGAUAAUAUGGAAAUCGCUUCUGAAUCGAUAAGCAACAGUUUGGAUGUUGAUACAUCAACUAAUUCAAAUUCACGCUCAAAUAGUACUUGGAGGCCGUUACGUUCACGUUCAUUUCUUACCGAUGCACAAGUUAGCAUAUUACAAACACAUUUCAAACGAAAUCCAUUUCCAUCGAAAUAUGAAUUAUCGGCUGUUGCUGAACAGAUUGGAGUCAAUAAACGCGUAGUUCAGGUGUGGUUUCAAAACACUCGAGCUAAAGAACGGCGUAGCAGUCGUCUUAAUAUUAGUUCGGAUAGGUUUGCACGAUGCGGUUGGUCGAAUUCAUCGGCAACUCAUGGAUCUAAUCCAACUUUUCAUGAUUCUCUUCAAUUUAUGAAUGCAUGGGUUCGACAAUGUCCUUCGCUUAAUACUUCAGUUAGUCUUCAAAUUUUCGAAAUAAAUUUUAUCUAUGCACAACUAGUGGUUAUCAAAUUAAUGAUAUUUAUUCAUAUUUUAAAAUAA